UUAGAGGGAAAAAUCAGUAAAAUAAAAAAUAAAAGGUGAGGACGUUCAAGGUGAUGUUGAUUAAAUUAGACACACUCAAAUUGAGAGGAAUCGUUUCCGUUAGGAGUGUAGAACUAACUAGAUAACUGAUAACCUCUGCAUUUGCGCAGAGACGAAGCAUGUCUCUGAGCUUCAUCCACCAUAAACCCCUUUCUUCUUCUUCUUGCAUCUUCUACCUUCACUCUUUCACUUCACCCCUCACUCACACUCUUUCAAAACCAUUCUUUCUCUCACACUCCAAAACCCCAACAUCAUCACUCUCUCUCUGUGUAUCACCAUCUAAUGCCCCUCACUCUUCAACAGCCCCCAUUUCCAUCCAACAACAGGAAGAAGGCUAUGACCCAGAUGAUCCAAAUUGCAAUUUCUUCGAAACUGACACGUGGGUUUCUUCCCAAGACCCUCAAAACGAAGAAAAAUUGCACCUUGACAACGACCCUCACACCUCGUGGCACCUUGCCGCGGACCACGAUGAAGAACCUGAAAUGGGUUUGGAGAAUGAAGAAACGGGGUGUUGUCAAAAGAGGGAAUUGCCUGAGGCUGAGGGCAUUGUGGGGGAAAUUGUUCAGCUUGCAAGGAAUUUGCCUCAAAAUCUGACUCUGGAGGAGGCUUUUGCUGAGUAUGAAGGAAGGGUCAGUGAGGAAGAGUGCUGGGAGGUUCUGGAAAUACUUGGGGAGGACAACCUCCUGUUGUGUUGUUUGUGUUUCUUUCAGUGGAUGAGGUUGCAGGAACCAUCACCUGUUACACCUAGGGCUUGUACUGUGUUGUUUCCAUUGUUGGGAAAAGGAGGGAUGGGUGAUGAUUUGUUGGGUUUGUUCAGAAACUUACCAUCCAGCGUGGAGUUCAGAGAUGUUCAUGUUUAUAAUGCCACAAUUUCAGGUCUUCAGUCUAGUGGCAGGUAUGAAGAUGCUUGGAAGGUUUAUGAAUCAAUGGAAACAGAUAAUAUUCAUCCUGAUCAUAUGACAUGCUCUAUUAUGAUUAACAUUAUGAGAGAACUUGGCCAUAGUGCAAAAGAUGCAUGGCAAUUUUUUGAGAAAAUGAACAGAAAAGGGGUCACAUGGAGUGAAGAAGUCCUAGGUGCAUUAAUAAAGUCAUUUUGUGUUGAGGGUCUGAUGAGGGAAGCUCUCAUCAUCCAAUCCGAAAUGGAGAAAAAAGGGGUUUCUUCAAAUGCAUUUGUGUACAACACUCUGAUGGAUGCAUACCGUAAAUUCAACCACGUAGAAGCAGCGGAGGGCCUUUUUGUUGAGAUGAAAUUGAAAGGGAUUAAGCCCACUGCAUCUACCUUCAACAUUCUAAUGCAUGCAUACAGCAGAAGAAUGCAACCCAAGAUUGUGGAGAAGCUGCUGGCAGAAAUGCAGAAUGUUGGCUUGAAGCCAAACGCCGAAUCAUAUACUUGUUUGAUCAGUGCAUAUGGUAAGCAAAAAAGGAUGAGUGACAUGGCUGAAGAUGCUUUCUUGAAGAUGAAAAAAGUUGGUGUCAAACCCACCUCACAUUCUUAUACAGCACUGAUCCAUGCAUAUUCAGUUAGCGGCUUGAACGAGAAAGCCUGUGUGGCAUUUGAAAACAUGCUAAGGGAAGGUCUUAAACCUUCCAUAGAAACCUACACUACUUUACUAGAUGCGGUUAGGCAUGCCGGUGAUGCUGAAACGUUGAUGAAUAUAUGGAAGUUGAUGCUGAGUGAGAAAGUCGAAGGAACACGUGCAACGUUCAACAUUCUUGUUGAUGGUUUUGCUAAACAAGGUCUCUACAUGGAAGUGAGAAAUGUAAUAUCUGAAUUUGGAAAAUUUGGAUUGCAGCCAACAGUGAUGACUUAUAAUAUGCUGAUGAAUGCGUAUGCUCGAGGAGGGCAACCCUCAAAGAUGCCACAACUAUUGAAAGAGAUGGCAGUUCUUAAAUUAAAACCAGAUUCUGUAACUUAUUCAACCAUGAUAUUUGCCUUUGUUCGAGUUCGAGAUUUUAAGAGGGCAUUGUUUUAUCACAAGCAGAUGAUCAAGAGUGGGCAGAUGAUGGAUGUCAGUUCUUACCAGAGCCUCCAUGAUUUUCUGGAUGCCAAAUCUGCACCAAAAAACAAGGAUAGGACUGCCUUGCUUUGUAUGAUUGAAACUAAGAUGGGUGUGAAAGUGAGGAGUCAGAAAGAUGAGUUUUGGAAGUACAAGAAAAGACAUGAAAGAAAAACUUAGUUCUGAUAUUGUUGUAAUUAAGGAUAUGUUAAGAAUUGUAAGUUCAAUUUUGACCCCCUUGUUUUCUCUAAGUGGAUAACAUCAGGAGCUUCUUGAUGUUAACUGUAAAGAAUUUGAUCAUUAUAUAUUGCCUCUUCAAAUAACCACGUACUUUACACA